AAGAUAAGAUAUUCGUUUAGCUAAUUUGUAGAUACCAUAUAUAGAGAAAAUGUACAUAAAUAAAUCGAAUAUUAAACGACGACGCUUUAGUCAGCGGAGAAUAAUUCAAAUGGAACGUUGGUUGAAUAAGGUUGCCGUUGUAACGGGUGCAAGUUCGGGUAUUGGAGCCGCUACAGCAAAAGACUUGGUUCAUGCUGGUCUAAAUGUGGUUGGCUUGGCUAGACGUGUAGACCGUGUAGAGGAGUUAAAACAACAGUUGCCGGCAGAUAAGCGUCAAUAUCUAACAGCUAUAAAAUGUGAUGUCGCCGAUGUGGAAUCAGUUAAUGAAGCUUUCAAGCAAAUUGUUACAAAGUUUGGUGGAAUUGAUGUGUUAGUUAAUAAUGCUGGUCGUAUCGUAGGGGGUCAGUUAUGUACUAUGGAUGUUGCAGAAGUGCAACGCACUUUGCAAACCAAUGUUAUGGGUGUUAUACAUUGUACUCAACAUGCUUUCAAAUCGAUGAAAGAACGUAAUAUGAAUGGUCACAUUUUCAUUAUAAACAGUAUUGCUGGUCAUAAUGUAGUAAGCGGUAUUUAUGGUGAAAUCCCUAUGACCAAUGUAUAUUCACCUAGCAAAUAUGCCCUCACAGCCAUUACGGAAAUUUAUAGAAGAGAAUUUCUCGGCUUGGAAACGAAAAUCAAAAUAACUGUAAGUGUUUAUUUCUAUU